AUGAGCUUGAGAUUCCUUGUAGGUCAAGGAAUUUUGAUCCCUAUAAACAUAAAGCUCCUCCAAGUUAUUCUUCAUAUCACGAAUUUGUUCUCCAAUUCCUUCAGUGAGAGAAUCGUUCCAGCUUGCCUAAGGAAUAGACUUUGCCGCAUAUCCAAGCAAGGAGGUGGGCCAGCCAAGUGGUUUUUGGCUAUUGGCAUGGCUUCAUGGUUGAGCAGUGAUGAUUGUGGGCAAGGGCAGGCAAGCUUGGGCCUACCUGCGCUGGGCUUGGAGCGAAGGCAUGGAGGACCUGGGCUCAGAGCAAAGGCAUGGAGGCGCUGGGCCUUAUGCGUGAUGGGGUUGUGCACUGGGAGAGUAAACCACUCGUGUUGCGGUGCGAAUGGGCCUGGUGAGACGUUGUGGGCCUCUUACGCUGCUGGAGAUGCGAGUUGA